CAGACCUCAGUCCAGCAGAGCACCUUUGGACGGCAGCGGCUGUGUGAUGCUGUCAUGAAAACAUGAACCAAAGUCUCUGAGGAAUGUUUCCAGCACCGUGUUGAAUCUGAGCCAUGAGGAAUCAAAGCAGCUCUGAAGGCAAAAUGAGGUCCAACCUGGUACUAGCAACGUGUGCCUAAUGAAAUGGCCAGCACGUGACGAUCAGUUUUGGCAGCUGCUCGCCGACAUCCUUCAGACCACCGGCAUCGUUUCCCCCGACAGCGCAGAGCCAAGAGCAGAGUGCAGGAAGCUGGUGGCCGUCGGCCUGUGGCAGAGUGGCUACCACGCUGACUGGAUGUAUGAGGACAAGGAAGGAGGUCAUUUCUCCAGUCGGGAUCUCCUCCUGGCGCUCGGCUGGCUGCUCGCUGCGGGAGCUCUGGAGAACGUGGUGAUGAAGAGAGUGCAGAAACUGGACAGGACGCUGCUCACAUGUACACCUGUGAAGCCCCACUUUUCUGCUGACCUCUGGAUAGACUCCGCCUCCCUGAGGAGACUCCAGUGGCUCAUUGGCUGCCUGAGACAUGAGAGACGGAUGCUGCUGUCGAUGCUGCAGGAGCAAACCCGAGCGCUCCAUGCUGUUCUUUCUGCCAGCGUCGCCUCUGCUGCGCCGGCCUCCUCUGAUCAGAUCUCUGCAGCACUCAAAGAGGAGUGUGUUUGUGUGCGGCAGCUGUGCGACCUCCUGGAAGCUUAUCUGAAGUGGAAACAGGUUGAGGAAGUCUUCUGGACCUGGAUGGACAGCGUUGUGGACUUCCAUCUGAAAGAUCCUGUCACCAGGAGGCCAAAACAUCCACCCAAUGAGAGUCCGGGAGUGUGUUGUCAUGGAAACAGUGGACUGGAGAAGCUGGAGGAGAUGCUGCUUAGGCUGUCCACAGCUCAGAGAGAACAGAGGAGAGGAGGAGAAGCUGGUAAGGACAGAGAAGGAGACGAGAGGUUGCAGGGAGGGUGCGGCGCCUCCUCAUCCCUCCCUCCUCUCCUCUCCUCCCUCCCGUCCUUGCCCUCCCUCCCACAGGUCUGCCGAGCGAGUCUCCGGCCGGAGGAGCCGCGGAGGUUCCCAGCAGGGGGCCCCUGCAGCCGGGCUGAGGCUCCAAACGAGCUCUCGGCGUCUGAGGCUGUGGAGCUGCUUCGUCAUACAGAGGCUGUGCUGAUGAAGAGGAGGGACAGACAGAGGCUGGCCAACAGGAUGAAGCUGCAGGAGACGAUCGGCAGGCUGGAUGAACUGGUGCUGAUUCCACCGUGAACUUUGAGUUUGAACUGGAUGAACUGGUGCAGGUUUGUGAUGGUGGAUAUGAAGCUGUGAGGACGUUAUCUUUGCUUUCUGUGCAAAAUUAUAAAAAUCUGAUGAGACUGAAGCAGCUGCUGCACAGAGGAGUCAGACAUUAAAAGCAUUUAAUAAAUAAAAACUGUCCCACCACAUAUCUAAAUUUCACUGUGAU